AUGAUAGCGUAAGCGACCGCCGACGAAGGUAAACAAAAGUGCCGUGGAAGGAACAUCAUUACACAAUAUCAUUUACGCUCGAUUAUGAUGUUAUUAUAGCCACAGACACUUCAGAAUGGCGUUUUCCUUGAGGCUGGCUGGCAGGUGCAUAUCUGGAGCGGCGAGAUAUGGAGUCCAUCCCGGUUUUAAUGGAGUAAAGACAACUUCGUUAGUCCCCUUCUGCAAACCCAAUGGAGUGAAUAUUCCUGCUAUUGACCAGCGCCGCCAUUAUGCCAUGCGUCUGGAACUCACUGAAUAUGGCAUCAUGUGGAGGAGACCAAAGUACGUUCCUUCAUGGCAGCCGGAGAAAUCGGGAGAUCUGGAGGGUGUCAAGGAACCAGAGUUGUCCACACCAAACCUGAAGGUGCAGCCUGCGAAGGAUGUGCUUGACCAAGUUGAUGAGGUAACCAGAAGACUCCUCUCCAUUGAAUUCAGCAGCCAUAAAGAGAACUUGAAAAUCCAGCGGCACGAACUCUGCAAGAAAAUCCAGCGACACCAGCAUGAUACUGGUUCUAUGGAAGUGGCAAUUGCAAUGAUGACUAUAAAAAUUCGGAACCUUCAGAAGGAAACAUUCAAAUGCAAGAAGAAUAUUGUGCAGAGGUGUUACCUGCAAGAAUUAAUCGACCGUCGCAAAAAAACGCUGAAGCACUUGCGUAGAAUGGACUACAAGCGCUUUGAGUGGCUAAUUGGAGAGCUAAACAUCAUCUUCCGGCCACCCCCAAGGUACUACCGAUGGGUUGCAAGAAAGGCAUCGCUGAAGAAGCUUGUCCGUAUGCGCAAGAGAGAGAUCAUUCACAAGAAACUCAAUGAAUACAAGGAGAGCUUGGAGAGCCAGAAGGAGCCGUUCCUCAAGGAAAAGGCAGAGACCUUGAAGUGGAUUGCAGAAACUGAGAAAAGCCUUGGACUCCCUGUUAGUGUGACUGUACCAGAGGCAGCUUCAUCUUCAGCUUAAUGGGAAUUAGGAUGAUGCCUUUUGGCUGAGAAAACCACUUUCUAUGAAAUGGGUUUAUUAAAAGAUGAGAUAACAGUUUUGAAAAUCAAUCUUGAUUUCAUCUUUGCAUCCUAUAGAUGAAAACCAUGUGCAGUAUAAAACGUCUCAUCUUUUACUAAACGUUUGUGGAUAGCAAAUUUUUCUACCUAAUUAUCAACAUGGUAGAAUGUGUUGUGUUGUCAGUCAAGAUGGUUUCUGUUGUAUAUUAUGUUAUAUUGUAAAGUAAAUGUUUUUGUAAAAAAAUAUGGAAACAUAGUUAUCAUUAGAUAAUAAAGUUCAUAUAGA